AUCCGGGGUCUGCAGUAGCGAUCGAGCACCCCAGACUUCCUUUUUCAAACGAAGCAAGAUGUCGAAAAGAGGACGUGGUGGUUCCGCCGGAGCGAAAUUCAGGAUAUCUCUGGGUCUACCUGUUGGCGCAGUUAUCAAUUGUGCUGACAACACGGGGGCCAAGAAUUUGUAUGUAAUCGCAGUACAAGGAGUGAAGGGACGUCUCAACAGACUGCCUGCUGCAGGGUCCGGUGACAUGAUUGUUGCCACUGUUAAGAAGGGAAAGCCCGAACUCAGAAAGAAAGUUAUGCUUGCCGUGGUGAUCCGCCAGCGUAAGCCUUUCCGGAGGAAGGAUGGGGUAUUCAUAUACUUCGAAGACAACGCAGGUGUUAUUGUGAAUAAUAAAGGUGAAAUGAAAGGCUCAGCCAUCACUGGCCCAGUAGCUAAAGAGUGCGCCGAUUUGUGGCCAAGAAUCGCCUCCAAUGCCAGCAGCAUCGCCUAAAAUAACACCUUGUAUACCGUUGACUCAAUAAAUACCAAUUUGGACUCGUCA